AUGGCGAACAGUGGACAUGGAUUUAACCCUGUAGUUGUGAAUAGUGUUACUUACAUUGGAACCCUUGCUGCAUUUUUUAUAGCUCUGAAAGUACCUGGGAUAUCCAUAAAGAAAUUUCCCGCAACAGGUUGUCUCCUAGUCUCAAACGAUGCGAAAUUUGCCGAAAAUCGAUAUUUAGAGUACCUUUUCGUGGGGCUUUGGUCGUUGCACUUUUUACGCCGAACGAUCGAAGUUCUCUUUGUUCACGACUACCGCAGAAGAAUGUCUAUCAUAGAGAGUAUAGGAGCACCUAUCUACUAUUGGUUCUUCGCUUUCUGGAUUGGAAUUUCAGUACGCCAUGACAACGGAUACAGACAAACAUUUCUAGCGCUUGUCGUGGCUGGCUCUGUCGUCUUCAUUUUGGGCGAAUUUGGUAAUGGCCUCUGCCAUCUUAAACUUCGGAAGUUUCGAAGGGAGAAACGCGAGGAUUCCUUUUCUAACGAAUCCCACCAUGUUUUGCCGCGUGGAUGUCUGUUUGAACUGGUGUCAUGCCCUCACUAUUUAUGUGAAUUAUUAUCGUGGCUGGGAUUUUUCUUGACUUCGUGGGUUUUGCCAGCAGCCAUAUUUCUUCUUGCUACUUUGAUAACACUGAUAACGUAUUCAUACAAAAAACACAGAGCAUAUCAACAAGAAUUUGACGGACUAGCCGGUAAAGAACUUUAUCCAAGAAAUAGAAGAGCUCUUAUUCCAUUCAUUUUUUGAUGAACUCUCUGUGGUCAGUGACCUUAAAAUGAAUUCUCGGAAUCCGAAACUUGAUUAACAAUGGUCAACAAUGGAUGGCAGGAUAUCAUUCUACACAGCUUCAGGAACAUGUUAAGAACGUUCUCAGGCCCAAAUCGUCAAAUAAAAGAAAAUUCAGCCUCAGCCCCCAAAGUAGACGUUCUUGUAAAAGAAAAGAAAAGAAAAAAGACAU